CCGGCAAACCCUAGCCCAUCUCCCCUCGUGCCGCCGCCACCUACCUUCCCCCACCUUUUAUCCUUUUUCUCUUCUCUGUGAGCAACGAAGGAGGAAAACCCCACAUUGCCGCCUCAACCUCGCCAUGGCGCCGCCGCUCGAGGCCACCCCUCGCCGAGCCGAAGCCACUAGAAGAUGCGCCGCGUCGUCCUCUCCAUCCUCAUGCAAGGAAUCGAGUCAAAACCCUGUAAAUCGAGCGCAAGGUCGCCGUUUCUUCUCCAUGGCCGCCAUGCUCCGGCGUCGAUUCCGGCCGCCCUCGUCCUCUUCCGGCCAAACCGAGCCCACCUCCGGCUGUCCCGUGUCCAGGCGCACCCCCGAAGCCCUCGCGCUCGUGCUGUUUCGGUCGCAGCCGGCAAGUUCUUCUCCAACCAGUGGCUUCCGCCAUGGCUGGCCUUCCCGAGCUCCAUCUCCUUCGCUUCAAAAACUCGCGUGGCCCAGCAGGUCCAACAACACAACUGCAGCAGAGUGAUCCAGCGCUCAAAGGUACUUCACUUACUGCGUGAGAUCAUGCAAAACAACAUCAGCAGCCUAGAUCAUCUGAUCCACUGGGCCUUGGCCCAUUUCUCUCCCGUUGCAGCCGUCGCCCGCUCGCAGCAGCCCACCAGCUGUUGCCGCUCGCAGGCCAGAGCUGCAUUUGCUUCUUCCCGGAUAGGAUCACGAAGUGUUGAUGUGAGAUACGACGAGUUCUCCGACAAGUUCUUCUCCAGCUUUUCUCAGGCGAGCCAUCUCUCUUCACCUAUUUUACUCUCUCCCUCGCAUUGCUAUCCUUAUGUUACGAUUCUUUAUCGAGUCACGUGUCCUAUUCCACUUGUUUACCAUAAUAAUCCUAUAUGCACCAUUUCUUACCCAUAGCCGUUGCUUGAUGUUUGAGCCUUGCGAGUCGUAGGCGUGUUUAGGCUUUGCUGUUUAUCUCGAUCUGUUAUCGAGAUAUGUUGGGUUGUUGGGUGGUUAUCACAUGCUAUACCAGUUGUUGGAGAUACACAUGCUUUACUUAUUUGUUAACAACUAAAAUUGUAAGCAGACGCAUCUGUGAGCCCCUUUGCGAAAGCAUCGGAACUUUGACUCACUAAUGUCCCCUAGGCCUCGAGUUCUUGUUAUCUGUUCCGAGACUGAGCGCUCUAACCACACGUGGGUAUGCUUACCGGGUCUCCCCUCGACCACUGCCGGAAUCUACAGCUUUGUCCAGUGGCCACAACUAGUUUGAAUGUUUGUUUGAUUCUCCCGGGCGUGCAAGCAUGUUUCUUUGUGGUCAGAUGAGAUGAUGUUAUUUUUGGGGAAGCCAUGUGUGCCUUGUAUCCCCGUUGUCUCUUGCACGUCCGUAGGUGCGGCACGUAUUGUUAAGAGGUCAUCCUCUAGUGGGCUCUGAUCCUCUUAGCCGUUCUACUUAGCGACUAGGUCCGCGUCGGAGUUUCGAUCGGGCUCCGAAACGGGUUAACUUAGUUAGGUGGCUUCCUGGACAUUGUUGUCGUGAAGGAGAGUGCGAGUCGUGAUAUCCACCUGUCGCAAGUGGGUUGAGCGUGCGUGUGGGCACAUUUGGGCAUCCCUGCAGGGUUACAAUCUUAUCGAUAAGCCGUGUCCGCGGUUAUGGACGACUUGGAGCUGUUUAACUCGAUCAUAGACAACCUACACCAUGUUACUUGUUGUUAAUAAUCUGAUAAUAACUUGCGUAGUAAUAUAGCAUUACUACAACCGAUACCUAAUAAAACUUGUCCACCGUUGAGUGCCUUUUACAUUGCCUCUUCGCAAUUGUUGAAGGGGAUAUGUGUAAUCGGCUGGGUUAUGUUUGUGUAGUAUGUAUCUGUUACCUUAUGCGCUCUCUUACCUUCUCUGAUUAGACGGAUGUUGUAGCAUGUCUCUAUUGGUUAUAGUUUUGCUGCCGCUAAACCUACCAUAUAGCCCCAGGCGAUAUAUAUAUAUAUAUAUAU